UUUUUGCCGUUGGACGUAAGUCCUAUAAACUCCUGGAGGGGUUAAUAUGUGGCUUAUACUGAAUAAUACUAGUAAAUAUGUUCCCAGGUGCCAACAACAUGGGUCAGAGUCCGGAUGUGUGUCAGGUGUCUAGGGAAAUGUGUUCAUAGGUCACAUAUGUAAGUCCUGGGAGACAAGAUAAGACAGGAGGAGUUACUGGAGCAGCAAGAUGGCCAGGCCGCUCCUCCUCCUGCUAGUUGCUGCCACACCAUACCUCGCCACGCCAUAUUCUCCCAUUGUCAUUAAUACCUGGAAUUUCACAUAUGCAACUGAAGAAGCUUGGUACAUUGUGAACAACAAUAAUGGAUCAGCUCUAGAUGCUGUUGAGAGUGGGUGCACAGUAUGUGAAGAAUUGCAGUGUGAUGGAUCAGUGGGGUUCGGGGGCAGUCCUGAUGAAAAUGGAGAGACCACUUUGGAUGCUAUGAUUAUGGAUGGAACAACACAUGAUGUGGGAGCAGUUGCUGCACUGCGAAGAGUCAAGAGUGCCAUCUCGGUUGCACGGAAAGUGAUGGAGCAUACAACUCAUACAAUGCUCGUUGGGGAUCAAGCUACAGAAUUUGCUCUUAUGAUGGGUUUCAAAGAAGAAACCCUGACAACUAAUUCUUCGACUGAAAUAUACGAAAAAUGGAAAGAGGAAUCAUGUCAACCUAAUUUCUGGAAAAAUGUAUUGCCUGAUCCUAACACAUACUGUGGGCCUUAUCAUCCAGAAGAUACAAAAUAUAAACGUUUUAAGUGGUCUAUAGCAAAAGAAGGCACAAAUUUUAAUGUGAAAAAUCAUGACACCAUUGGAAUGAUAGCUAUAGAUAAGAAUGGCCAUAUUGCAGGUGGAACAUCAACUAAUGGUGCCACACACAAGAUACCUGGGAGAGUUGGUGAUUCACCAAUACCAGGUAGUGGUGCUUAUGUUGACAAGCAUGUAGGAGGAGCUGCAGCCACUGGUGAUGGAGAUGUGAUGAUGCGCUUUAUGCCAGCUUUAUUGACGGUGGAAUGGAUGCGUUCUGGUCUCUCGCCUCAAAGUGCUUCUGAAUUAGCUCUAAGGAAAAUUGCCUCAUAUUAUUCAGAAUUUAUGGGGGCGGUAAUAGCUGUUAGCAUGACUGGAGAAUAUGGGGCAGCUUGUUAUGGGUUUGAUAAGUUUCCCUACUCUGUGGCCAAUCUUGAGUUACAGUCUGUAACUCUCAUGUCAGUAUCUUGUUUUACAUAAAUAUUUUUAGAUUUUUAUUCAGGAAUAUGUUACAUGUGUGUUUUCUGGGGUGAAUCCCAUGUGGCUUCCUGAAGCUACUAUGCUUAGAUAAUACCAUUUACUAAGUCACGUCAGCCACCGAGUUCUGUAGACCUAUCGGGGACGAGCACCAGAACCUGCCCCACUCAGAGAGACCCCAGGGAGCAGUGAUAUUUAUUUAUGCCACCUCACCGGGAAAAGCAACUAGAAAAUCAGCACAUCAAAACAAACUACUGCUGGCUUCAAUAAGUCCCUUAGGAAGGUUUUGAGGUUUUGAUUCAUCAGCAAGAUAAUCAAGAAUGCCAACAGGAACUUUUGUAAAUAAAGAGCAGUCAUCAAAACUGAUUGAUUUUACAUCUGGAUUAAUUUAAACAUUGUUUAAUUUGUUAUUUAAAUUAUUGGAGUUAUUCAAAUGCAAACAUAAAAGAGUACUGUACCUAACAGUGGGGACAAAAUUUUGGAGACCCAUUAAGAAAGUUUGAAAAACCCAAAGCAGUAACACAAUGUUCACUUGUUUGGUGAUAAACUUAUCACAUUAUUAGGAUUAGAAAUCUAAUCCUAAUAAUGAGAUUAGUUUAUCAUACAUCAAACCUGAUUAAUUUUAUAAUUAAUUUUAGCAUAACUAAUUAAUUUUUACAAUUAAUUUUUCUUUGACCAA